AAAACUGCCAUAUUUAGGUUACUCUCAGAUGUUACUUUAUAACAUCUUUGAAAUCUGAUAGCAUCUUAGAAAUGAUGGGAUCCUACAAUUGUAAUUGGCCCUGCUUUUUAUUUUUUUCUCAGUGGUGUAUUGGUGCAUUUUAAAAUCUAUGGCUUCUUAGACUUGAUACUAGAUAACAGUAUUUGGUGACAGAUCGAGUGGUGAGAAUAGGUAAAAAGGGUGAGUCAGGGACAGCUCUGAGUGUUCUAGUUCAGGUGGUUAGGUGGUGGUACCAUUAACUUAGGUGAGAGGGAGUGACGGAGGAGGAGGACCGGAUGUGUGGAGGAAGCCAAGUUUGGUUUUGGUUAUAUUUAUUGUCCAGAUGGAACCCAGGUGGCGAAGUGGUUAAGAGUUCAGGCUACUAACCAAAAGGUUGGCAGUUUGAAUCCACCAGCUGCUCCUUGGAAACCCUAUGGGGCAGUUCUGCUCUGUCCUAUAGGGCUGCUGUGAGUUGGGAUCAACUCAACGGCAGCAGGUUUGGUUUUUGUUUUUAUUGUCCUGAUGGAGCUUUGGUGGCACAGUGGUUAAGUGCUCGGCUGCUAACCAGAAGGUUGGCAGUUCAAGCCCGCCAGCUGCUCCACAGGAGAAAGAUGUGGCAACAUGCUUCCAAUUCUGCUCUGUCUUAUAGGGUCACUGUGAGCUGAAGUCGACUUGGCAAUGGGGUUUAUUUAUUUAUUUAUUCUUGUAUUGUCCAGAUAGCUGCAGAAUCUCCAUGAGGAGAUGGUAGUAUUGUUACUCCCCUCACUCCCCCCUCCUGAGAAAUUGCUGUGUAGAAGCCUGUGCUAAGUGUUUUAUACCCAUUAUCUUAUUUAAUCUUAACACCUUUAUGGAAAGGGUACUGGGUUAAGCCACCAUUUUCAAAGGUGGAAACUGGUGCCCAGAAUACCUAAAUGGGUUACCUAAGGUCAAACAGCUCAGUGAGUGGCAGUGCAGGAAUUGACCCCAGGUUUGUCUGUUGAAGCCUGUACUCUGCCACUUACUAAGGCCUGGUUACAGAGGGAAGUUAGGGAGUGUCAGCGUAGAACAGAUGUUAAAGCCACGUGACACAUGAAAUUCAGGGAGAGAAUAGAACUGUGUCAAGACAAGAGGGCCCAAGGACAAAACAUUAGAGAAAGCUGUUGUGCCACCUCCAGUAUCUUGCCUGUAAGAUCUCCUUCUCUGAUCGUAUUUUCAUCAUAUUUACUCUCCAGGAUUCCUUCAGCCUCAUCACUUGGUUGACUCCUGCGUUUUUUUACUGCCGUUGUUGCUAUGCAUGUUCUUAUUUCCCCUGUUAUUCCUGGGCAUUUAUUAUCAUCCUUCCCUUGUCUCUCUCUUCCGCCCUUGGCAGAACCCCAACUCUGUAAAACUAGCUACUCAUCUACUUCCUGUCUGAACCUGACCAGCUAAAUAUUGCUCAGAAAAAUACACACCUAUGUUAAUUGUUCUUUAAAUUCAAAACCACAGACCUCAAAUAAGAACCCAGUAAUGUUCAGCCAUCCUGCUAUAUGUCCCUAGUAAACUUCCCACUUUUCAAAAUAACUUUAUUCUCCUAUUUUCUCAAAUCUGUAUCCCUUCCCCCUUCUAACUUUCAGCCAGUAGGUAACCUUACCUCAUAUUUAAUGACAAAAUAUAAGCAAUUGGAACAUGAUUUUCCUCCUCAGCAGAUUGUCCAGUCUCUGCAUUUGUUCUUACGCCCUCCUCAUUCCCUUUGUUACCAUGGAAAACAGGUCCUCUCACUCCUCUCUAAGCCACAGCCUCCCUCUUGUGCUUUGGAAUCCAUUCUACUCUUGACUUAGGAACUUUACUAUCUAUGGCUGUUACCCACCAGCUUCUUCCAUUAUUAACCAAAAACAAACCAAACCCAGUGCCAUCGAGUCGAUUCCGACUCAUAGCAACCCUAUAUCACAUCCUUCUUUUUAUUGUAUUAUUUCCAUCAGCAUUCCUGACCAUGGUCUCAUUUUUUACUCUCUCUCUUUACAGCAAAACAUGAAAGAAUGAUCUAUAUUCUCUCUACCUCAUCACCUCCCGUUUGUUGCUCAACCUCCAGUCAGGCUCUCAUCUCCAGUAUUCCCCUGAAACAUUGCUUGUCAGUAAUGGAUCAUAGUGACCUCCAUGCAGUCAAAUCCUGUAGUCACUUCUCUGUCCUCAUCAAACUUUGUCCCUUAUCAACAGUUGACAUAUUUGGCUACUGUUGCCCUCUUGAAAAAUGUUUUUGUCACGGCUACAGUUAGACCCUGUUCCUGUUCUUUUCUAUAUCACAGGCGCCUCUUCAGUUUCCUUUGCUAUUUCCUCCUACUCUUCCUCUGUUUCAUCUCUUCAUGCUGGAAAGCCCCAGGCCUUGGUCCUGGAAUACCUUCUCUUCUCCAGCUAUCCUGUCUGUGCAGGAGAUCUCAUGGCUUUAAAUGCCAUUCUCUUUUAUGCCAGUGACUCUCAGACCCUGCCUUGCUAGAUUUCUCUACUUGAAAGUUGAGUUGGUAUCACAAAUUUAAUGUGGCCAAAACAAAAUUCUUGAUUUCCACCAUGUGUGAAACCUGCUCCUCACCUGUCUUACCCAUCUUAGUAAAAGGUAGUACCAGCCACUAAGUUGCUCAGAACCCUUUUUAGGAUUGAAGAGAUACUUAACCUUUUUGUGGGAGCAAAUACAUAGAUGGCCUUUAAAUGUGCAGUCUUUAAAUGGGGGGUGCCUGUAGGAGGUGGGAGAGCACCUUGUUUUCCCUUAAAGAAUGUACACAGUUUAAGUCAUGAGUAUUGGCUUUCAUUGAUUUUCAAGUGAGUUACCCAUAAAAACCAUUGCCAUCAAAUGAGUUAAUGACUUAAAAAAAAUAAAAUCACAGCUCUAAAAGUAGAUACCAGUCCAAGGAUGUAAUUCUCUCUGCUUUAUCUGAGCUUCUUCAUUUGCAAGUAUUUUUACUUUUAGGAAUAUAGUGUGUGUUUAGGGGAGGGGGAAGCUAAAGCUAGACAACAGCAGUAUCUUCCUGGUACUUAGUUUGAUUUUUUUUUUUUUUUAAUUUUGCUCUUAAAAAGCUUUUUGACCAAAAAAUGGAAUUAAAACACACAUGAAUAUAUUAUGGUCUGGGUUUCAGAAUCACACGAUUUUUUAAGAAAAAACAGAACCUGCAAGGAAAUUUCAGGCUUGUUGUCUGUCACUUGAGAUCCUGACUAAGAAUACCUCAGAGAUUAGCAUUCAUUGCUUGGUGCUAGUAGGAACAGUUUGGAAGAAGAGUUAGAGUUUGAAUAUUAUAGUAUCCUGAGGCAUGGAGACCAGUGCAAGUGUUUCUCUGAGGAAAGUGGUUUGUGUUGGUUCUGUUUUCAUUCUCCCUCUACUUCCUCUGCUUUCCCCCAGUUUCUAGUCUUCUAGUCCCCACUGCAAUAGGGCUCUGCACUAGUAUUGUUAUUAGUAUUGGGACAAGAAAAAUAAUGAAGAUGAGUCUACAGUGUUUUGAGCCCCACAGUGAAAACCAAAAACUCUUUGCCAUUGAGUUGAUUCCAACUCAUAGGGACCCUACAGGGCAGAACAGAACUGCCCUAUAGGGUUUCCACGGCUGAAAUCUUUACAGAAGCAGGCUGCCACAUCUUUCUACUCCAAAGAGGCUGGCGAGCUUGAACAUCCAACUUUCCAGUUAGCAUCCAAGCACUUUACCACAGUGAAAGUACCAUGUAAAUCAAGUGAAAGCCUAGGCAUUUCUAUUCUUUGUUUCUUUUUUGUUUCUUUAGUCAUGCUAUUUGACAAGUUCCCAAACUAAUUGAAUGUUAAACAGAGUCUUAAUAGUAACUAAUUCAUUCAACAAACCUUUAUUGACUGUAUAAUAUGUACCAGGUGUCUUCUAGGAGCCAGCGUUUUAAGAAUGAAUGAGACUAAAGAAGUUCUCCUGGAGCUUCCAUUCUAAUCGGGGAGACAGUAAAUACGUAACCAAACAGGUCAUACCAGGUACGGCAGCCUGUCAUAUGCAUCAACAACCAUGUAUUUUGUUCAAUUUGUAUCGAUUUGUGGUUGAAGAAUAAUAGCCAGUGUCCAGCUUGCAGAGUUCCCAUCACUCCUGAAAAUCCUUGCAAAGAGAUUAUCGGAGGAACAAGUGAAAGUGAACCUAUGCUAAGUCAUACAGUCAGAAAGCACCUUCGGAAAACUAGACUUGAGUUACUCCACAAAGAAUAUGAGGAUGAAAUAGAUUGUCUGCAGAAAGAGGUAGAAGAGCUUAAAAGUAAAAAUCUGAGCUUGGAGUCACAGAUCAAGACUAUUCUGGAUCCUUUAACUUUGAUGCAGGGCAACCAGAAUGAAGACAAACAUACAGUUGCAGAUAAUCCAAGUAAAAUUGACUCAGAAGCUGUAGCGGAGUGGAAGAAAAAACUCAGAACAGCUAAUGAAAUCUACGAAAAAGUGAAAGAUGAUGUAGAUAAGCUAAAGGAGGCAAAUAAAAAAUUGAAAUUGGAAAAUGGUGGCCUGGUGAGGGAGAAUUUACGAUUGAAGGCUGAAGUUGAUAACAGAUCACCCCAAAAGUUUGGAAGGUUCACAGUUGCUGCCCUUCAGUCCAAAGUAGAACAGUAUGAACGCGAAACCAAUCGCCUCAAGAAAGCCCUGGAACGAAGUGAUAAAUAUAUAGAGGAACUAGAAUCUCAAGUUGCACAGCUAAAAAAUUCAAGCGACGAGAAGGAAGCUGUGAAUUCCAUUUGCCAGAGAGUACUUUCUACAGAUGGCAGCGGGAACACAGGCAGUGAGGAGGAUAUGGCAUCAAAGAGCCAAGGUGAUGGUGCCAGAAAGCAGCCUGGCUCAUCCACUUCAAGUUCUUCUCACCUGGCAAAGCCUUCCAGCAGUAGACUCUCUGAUACCAGUUCUGUCAGGCAGGAAAGCACCAGCAAAACAGAAUCAAACCAUUCUAACAAAGACCUUUAUCAAAAACAGGUGGAAAUAAUGUUAGAUGUGACAGAUACAAGCAUGGAUACUUAUUUGGAAAGUGAGUGGGGUAAUAAAGCAAGUGAAUGUGUGCCCUACAAAGAUGAGGAACUUUAUGAUCUUCCAGCUCCUUGUACUCCUUUAUCCCUUAGUUGCCUUCAGCUCAGUACUCCAGAAACUAGAGAGAGCUCUGUGGUCAAAGCAGGAGGUUCCAAAAAGCACUCAAACCAUCUCAGAAAACUGGUGUUUGAUGAUUUUUGUGAUUCUCCCAAUGUUUGUAAUAAAGAUUCUUCAGGGGAUGCUAUAAGUAGAAGUGAAAAUGAAAAGAAAUCAGACUGUUUUACUUCCCCAAAGACAAGGUUUUGGGAUUGUUGCUCCACAAGCUAUGCCCAAAGCUUGGGUUUUGAAAGCUCAGAGGGGAACACCAUAGCAAAUUCUGUUGGGGAAAUGUCAUCAAAGUCAAGUGAGAAAUCAGGCUCGUGUUUAUCCAAGAGGCUGAAUUCUAUUCGCUCUUUUGAAAUGAAUAGAACAAGGACAUCCAGUGAAGCAUCAAUGGACGCAGCUUACCUUGACAAAAUCUCCGAGUUGGAUUCGAUGAUGUCAGAGUCAGACAACAGCAAGAGUCCCUGUAAUAACGGUUUUAAGUCUGUGGAUUUGGAUGGGCUCUCAAAGUCAGCUCAAAGCACUGAAUUUCUUGAUGAACCAGAUAAGUUGGAAGAAAGAACUAAACCAAACCUUUCCAAAGGUUCUCUAACUACUGAUCAGUUAGAAAAUGAAAAUGAAUGGAAAUCCACUUCUUUCUUUCUUCUCCCUCCAUCUGACCAAGAAAUGAAUGAAGAUUUUUCACUCCAUCCCAGUUCCAAUCCAGGAACUAAUGAAAUCAAACCCCCAAGCUGUUUGUUUCAGACAGAGUUUUCCCAGAAUGUUUUGUUAAGCAGUUCACACCAGCUAUUUGAAGAUCAAAGGUUUGGGUCAUCUUUGUUUAAGAUGUCCUCAGAGAUGCAUGGUCUUCAUAACCACCUUCAGUCUCCUUGGUCUACUUCCUUUGUGGCUGAAAAGAGGAAUAAAAAUGUGAAUCAUUCAGCAAAAAGAAAAAUCCAGAGCAGCCUUUCUAAUGCCAGCCCCUCAAAAGCAACUAAAAGUUGACUCAUUAAAACGGUGUCAUUUGUGUUUUUGCCUUGAGAAGAAUAUGAAAGUUUUUAAAGUUAUUUUUUUCUUUUUUUGUCAGAAAAGUUCUAUACAAUUUUAAAUUGAUAAUCUUUUGUCAAGUGUCAGGUCAGAAUGGUGGAUUAACCUAUACCCAGAAUACUGUUGUUUAUUUUGAAUAGAGUUCCUUCUUUUGGUUAUGUUUUUGUUGGGGGUCUUUUUGAUCUUGGAAGGUAGGAAGAGGGUUUUGUUUUUAAAGAGUACUAUAUGUGUCUGAGUUAGGGAUAUUUUGUUUUCUUGAAUUUUGACUUAACUAUUAGACACAGUGGCCUGUUGAUCAGCCUUAGUUGUCUCACUUGGAUUUCGUAAAUACAACUUUUAGUGCUUGUUUACACACUGCCCAUAAAAACACUUGAGUUUCUUUAAAACUUUUCCUAGGGUGGAAGUUAUUUUACCUGCCCCUUUUUAUUUAUGUUUAGUAAUGGCCUAACUUUUGUGCAAGGCCAUGAUGGAGAAAUAGCACUCUAACCUUAGUUCAAUACUCAUUUACUUUUUUUAGAUUUUACAUAUGUGUUCACAUUUGUUAAACAUUGUGUUUUGUCCCGUACUUGUUAAAAAAAAAAAAAAAACCCUGCUAGUGUGGAAAAAUAACGUUUUCUGUUUGAAAAUAUUCGUUUUAUAUCGGGUAGGUUAUGUUUGCUCAUCUUUUCACACGUGUGGAAAAUCAGAAAUUGAGCUUAUUUUAGAAGUGGUUGUGGCGGUGUUGGGUUUGAAGGAGUCUAAAUCAGGUAGUUUCGUUAUUCUGGAUGUACAGCUACAGAAGCACUCAUUGCCGAGUUCUUCAUCCACUGACAUCCCACGGGAGCUUUUUUGGAGUGACGCUCUUGUUUGCAUGUUACUGUUCUUUAUGUAAACUUUGUAUGCAUGGUAGCAGUCUUGCUUGCUCCAUUUUCCAUACUUAAGGAAAAUAACUUUCAACUGGUUUACACACACAUCUUUUAUGUAGAACAAAUUCUAUUUCUUUUUUCAUAAAGAGUAUGUGGGGGAGGUGAGGAUAGGUAAAAGUAGAGCACAAUUUUUAAUUUAGGCUCUGAAAAAGUAUAUUAUUAUUCCAAACAUGUUUGGCAUACCUGUACAGGCCCUUAAGAAUGGGUUUGUAUGCUAAUGACUCUUCUAAUGUGCACUGAAUAUUUUACAUUAAUACUGUCAUGUUUUCCAUUAGUACUGCAUGCUUUUCCAUGUGAAUUGAAUAAAGGAUGUCAUAAGCACUGUAAUCCUUGAUGUUUUGAAUAUUGCAUUGGCCCAAUAACACCAGGUAAAUUUACUGUUUUCAGUUGGUCUUAAACGGGGGUUAAACUUAAAGGCUGGCAGUUCAAACCUACUAGCCACUCCAUGGAUGAAAUGUGUGGCAAUCUGCUUCUGUAAAGAUUUACAGCCUUUGGUACCCUAUGGGGCAGUUCUACUCUGGCCUACAGGGUCACUAUGAGCUGGAAUCGACUCAGUGGCAGUAGGUUUGAUCUGGUUAUACAGGGGUUGGCAAACUAUGCGCCACGGGCCAAACCUGGCCCACCAACUAUUAAUGUAGAGCUUGUGAGCUAAAAAUAGUUUAUGCAUUUUUAAAUUGUUAAAAUCUAAAGAAGAUGAUGAUUUCAUGACAUAUUCAGAUUUCAGUGUUUCUAAAUAGUCUUUGUUUUUAUGUAGUUUUGUUGUUGAGAAUACACAGCAAAACAUACACCAACUUAGCAGUUUCUACAUGUACCACUUAGUGACAUUGAUUACAUUCUUUGAGUUGUACAACCAUUCUCACCCUCCUUUUCUGAGUUAUUCCUCGCCAUUAGCAUAUCUAAAGAAAGUCUUAUUGGAACAGAGCUAACUGACUUGUUUACUCAUCAUCUGUGGCUGCUUUUGCACUACAGCGGCAGAGUUGAAUAGCUGCGACCAAGACCCAGUGGCCCACAAGUCUAAAAUAUUCACUGUCUGGCCUGUUAUAGAAAAAUCUGCCAACUCCUGUUAUAAUAGACUCUGAGGGUUCAGUGGAACCAUAAAGGUAACAAAUCUGCUUUUAGAAGUAAUAUGAGCCAGAAAACAUUGAUAGAUUUAUUUUUGUUUUCAUGUUCGUGGACUAUCUUCUCCAAUAAUUAUUUGUGUAUUGUCUUUCUGAUAUUUUAAAGCUUUAUGGGUACUUCCAGAGAUAUUGGCAGCUCAGAUAUCUUUGACAAUGUGGUUAUAAAUUAGAAACUGAAUUAAGUGUAGAAAUCAAAUUUUUCUGAAUAGUCACAGGACAAAUUUUGGGGUAAGCCUUGCUCCUAAUUCUGUCUAUAACUCUUCCCUGCCAAGAAUGUGUCCAUUUUUGACCCACAUAUGUCCUGAAACUGCCAUGGAAAUCUGGAGUGUGUAACCUGGUUUACUAAUGCCUAAUCCAAGCUGUUUAUCUUCAGACACUGCUCCACCUUCCCCCAAAGAGUUGUUCAUAUUUAAUGUACUCAAACCAUGACAUUCCUCGAUUAAAGAGAAUAAUCUGCAGAAUUUGAUUUUAAUCAUACAUUCUUAUUUGUACACUACCAUAAUCUGAUAUGUCACAAUCAGUAUGGUCUCACAUGUUUUAAAAUAUACCUGUAAUGAACGCACACUCUAAAAAUAAUGAACAAAACUACUUUUCAUUGAGAGCAAGUAUUUUGUUAAUAACCUCUAAUUCAAUUCUUUCCAGACCUUGUGAGCUAAGUAUUGUUAUCCCCAAUCUACAGAUGAGCAAAUUGAGGAUUAGUAAUUACACAGCUGGAAUCAGGGUAGAGUUGUAUCUUGGAGGUGGGUCUCUGAUUCCAGAGUUUACGCUCUUUCUCUCCCAUGCAUGGGAGUCCACAUUUGUAGACCAAUCAAUGAAUGGAUUUGAAAUCUCCCACUGGAUAUUUUUAAAGUAAUAUUUUGGAAGUAUUAAUAUGUUGCUUUCCAAAUAUCAUUUAACUCCUGCCAGUAUUCCCCGUCUGUGGAGAAGCACAGCGAUGGGAGUUGUGUGUAUACCACAUUAUAAAGAUUCACAUUAACUCUGACAGACAGAUUUAACCCU